AUGAACACGGUUCAGACUGAUUUGUGUCCCUCCCCUGUAUAUGGUACAUUACCUGGUGCAUACAACUUUCCGUACACUAUCACAGUAACUAACUUCACCAUGCUUCUAUCUGGUUACUUUUACGCUCCUAAGAGCGGCGAGUACCAGUUCAACCUUAACCGAGCCGAUGAUUUUGCCUACGUUACUAUGGGAAACGGUAGUACAUUCGAAUGUUGUCAAGAACCUGACACCGAUUCUAACCCAGCAGCAUUCGAAUUGAUCACUGAACUUGAUGGAGAAGCCGCUAAUGCUAGUGUUACGUUGAAGGCAGGUGUGUUCUAUCCAUUAAAGUUACUAUUCGUCAACAAAUGGGGCAAUCCUAGUCUAGAGUUCCAAUUCGUUGAUGUAGACGGUAUACUGCACGAAAGUUUCGACGAUUACGUGUAUUAUUUCCCUAAAGACUCAUUCCAGUAUGAGUGUCCAAUGAGUGUUACUACUACAGUACCAUGGACGCAAACAUUCACUUCAACGUACACCACAGAGACGGUAUACGAAGCUUCUGAUGAGCCAAGUACGACAGUAGUGUUGGUUGUAGUUAAAACUCCAGAAGUCCAAACCGCGACAACCACUUAUGCUGGAUGGACAGGCAGUGCUACUCAGACUAUUGGUACUGAGACAGUAACUGAAACUGGAUCGAAUGGCAUUCCAACCAUCAAGACUAUUUACUCAGUGGAAACUCCUGAGGUUCAAACAGCCACCACCGAAUAUUCAGGAUGGACCGGCACUACUACCAACACAAUUGGAACUGAAACAGUGACUGAAACUGGAUCUGAUGGUAUUCCAACCAUAAAGACGAUUUAUACUGUUGAGACGCCAGAAGUUCAAACUGCAACAACCACUUAUACUCCAUGGACCGGUGCUACUUCUAACACUAUUGGUACAGAAACAGUGACUGAAACUGGAUCUGAUGGUAUCCCAACCGUAAAGACUAUCUUUACCGUCGAAACUCCUGAGGUUCAAACUGAUACCACAAUCUACACCCCAUGGACUGGUGCUACUACCAACACGAUCGGUACCGAGACUGUCACAGAAACUGGAUCUGAUGGCAUUCCAACCGUGAAGACGAUUUACACUGUUGAGACGCCAGAAGGUCAAACUGCCACUACGGUUUACACUCCAUGGACCGGUACUACUUCCAACACCAUUGGCACUGAAACAGUAACUGAAACCGGCUCAGAUGAUAUUCCAACCAUUAAAACUAUCUUCACCGUCGAAACCCCAGAAGUUCAAACUGCCACCACCGAAUAUUCAGGAUGGACAGGCAGUGCUACUCAGACUAUUGGUUCUGAGACAGUAACUGAAACUGGAUCGAAUGGUAUCCCAACCGUAAAGACUAUCUUUACCGUCGAAACUCCUGAUGUACAAACUGCAACAACCACAUACAUUGAAGGGACCGGCACUGAUUCGAGCACUAUUGGCUGGUUCAGAAACUCUACUACAUCUAACUCAAUAACGACUGGAACUACCUCAACAGAUCCAACCUUCUCCUUGAAUACUGUCACCACUACGAGAAAUAAUCUCACCUCUGAAACCACCGCAACUGAGACUGCAUCUGAAAAUACGUCUGAUCCAGCCACUGCUGGUACUUCUUUGACGCAGCCGACCAUCUCCUUGAGUACAGUCACUAUUACAAGCAAUGGCGUCACCACUGUUUACACCACCACUUGCUCUAUUGAUGGCACCGUUAGCGAGAAAACAUCUCAAAAGUCUCUCCCCUCAAAGUCACCAGGUGAAAGAUCCAGUACAGAACUUUCCAAUGCAACAGAAUCAAAAAAGGAUGGAAUGUCCAACACUGAAAGGUCCCAUAAUACAGGGAUUAACGAGGACGAGGUUUCUAGUACUACUGCAACUGAAAGUACCUCUGGUCCUUCAGUCGAUAUGAGGAUCACGUCUGAUUCGUCGAUCGAGACUGGAACCGACCAUAAACAAAAUGGCUCAGGUACAGAAACGCAAACAGCACCUUCAUCAUCAUCUAUAGCUGAGAUGGUGUCAUUGUAUGAGGGCAGCGCUGUGAAACUUUUUGCAACACCUUUCACUGCAGUAUUCUUAGCAUUGUUAUGA